UCUUGGAAGCUCCUUGCUCUGAUUGGUGUCGGCUCGGCCUCUGGGCGGUGUGUCUUAUUGGGAGGUGCUUUGCCGGGACGUGCAGCAGCUGACCAGGGAGAAGAGAUCCCGGGACAUGCGCCGGUGGUAUCAUGAAGAAGUUCGGCGUUACCUUGGUCCGUCAUGGUGAAACAAGAUACAAUAAAGCAAAACUCCUUCAAGGACAAGGAGUGGAUGAACCACUGUCCCAGGUUGGCUUCAAGCAGGCUGAGGCUGCAGGCAAGUUUCUCAGCAACAUCAAAUUCACUCAUGUGUUCUCAAGUGAUUUACAACGUGCUAAGCAGACUGCAUCUGCUAUUAUAUUAAAGAACAGUUAUGGAUCUAAACUUGAAAUAACCUGUGAUACAAGGCUUCGAGAAAGAAGGUAUGGGAUUGCUGAAGGAAAGCCCCUGAGUGAACUCAGGGCAAUGGCAAAGGCUGCAGGAGAGAAGUGUCCUUUUUUCACCCCACCAGGGGCUGAGACUGUAAAUGAAGUUCAAGCUCGGGCAGAGGAGUUUUUAAAUUAUUUAUGUCAGCUUCCUAUGGAGAAUACAGACAAAGGUUAUGGUACACCAGAUCAGUUUGAUGCAGUUGCUGAUUAUUCAGGAGAUUUGCAUGUUCCACUAAAAAAUCCGUGCCGUGUGCACACCAACAGUUCUGAUGUAAAUAAUGACAAUUCUGGUAGUCCAGUGGAUCUAAUGGCUAAUAUACUUAUAGUCAGUCAUGGUGGAUUUAUUCGACAGUGGGUUAAUUAUUUUGUAGAGGAUCUGAAAUGUCUUUUACCACAAUCCUUUGAUGGAUUUAAGGCAUUUUCUGUCUGUCCAAAUACAGCAGUAAGCAGUUUUAUAGUUACUUUUAAUCAGGUAGUUAGCUCUUCUCCUCAGAUAAUGUGUAACUAUCUAUACAAAUGUAACCAUAUUGAUGAUAUUUCUCCUUAAAGCCAAAGAAAUAAUUUGUUCUUGUUGAUGAUGCAUUACAAAAAUUUAUGCUGGUAUCAUUGCUAAAAUCAGGUUACAAUUAGAAUAUUUUUUUUCAAUUUACCUAUGCUUCAGAAGUUUGCACUCCAGGGGAUUGCAUAGUCCUGAGAACUUAAUUAUUUUUGGAAAACUACCUCUAGUGUUUACUUUUGUGCAGUAAAUGAUUAUCCAUGGUUACUGUGGUGUUAUAAUUUAGCACUCAUCUGUAUUUUUUUAUUGAAAGCUGAGGGAAGAAUACUACAAUGUGUUGAUUGAAGACUAUAGUUACUGAUUUAUCCUGAGAUACCUUGAAACCUUUAUAAACAAGAACAUAAUAUGAUUUGGUAAUCUGGCCGCCUUUUUCUUAAUACCAUAAAGCUUAUUUGUACCUUCAAAGUUAUCACUACUGAUCAGAGAAACCAGAAGGUGUGCUACUUUAAAUUAUUAACCCUAUUAGAAAACAAUAUUUAAGGCAUUCAUUUAUACAUGAAAGUUUGAUUGAAGUGAUAUUUAUAAAGAAAUAACACUUAAAUUAUGCUAUUAUGUAUAUUGUGUGAAGUGAAAAUAAAGGAGACAUGCUACACAA